UGCUCGGUGCUCACCCCUAACCGCAAGAGAUAAGUGCUAUCACUGUUCUACUCUAUCUCAAAUACGGAUUUCUACGAGGUUUCUAACUCUCAGAGUCUGCUGAGAUCCUAUAUAAAGGGCUCUAUUAGACUUGAUUCUCCUCCGAGUCUCAUGCACGAGAGCAGUCUUAAAAGCACGUUUUUUAUCCAUAACAAUAACAGAUUGCCUCUGGUUGUUCCUGUGCCAAGAUGAAUAUCCCACAAUCCAAGAUCAUGGGUGUUGUGGUGGAGGGAGAUUUAAUGAAGGAUCAGUUUAUUAAUUUCUACCAGAAUCUCCUAGGUAAGAAGGAUCAAAGCGAGAGUAUUGAAUUCCUGGAGCCUUUUCUUAAUAAGCAAGUGCCCCCGGAGAUGUGUGCUGAUAUGGUGAAAGAAGUCUCAGAUGAUGAAAUUAAAGAGGUUUUUUUCUCUAUGGGAGAUGAUAAAGCUUCGGGGCCAGACGGCUUUUCUGCGAGAUUCUAUAAGAGUGCUUGGCCUGUUAUUGGUCCUGAUGUAUGCAACGGGGUGAAGGAAUUUUUUAGUUCUGGGAAGCUUUUGAAGGAAGUUAAUGCAACUCUUAUUGCGUUAAUUCCUAAAGUCAAGUGCCCGAGCCAGGUGAGUGAAUUCAGGCCCAUUGCGCUCUGCAACGUCUUGUAUAAGGGGAUUUCGAAAAUUCUAGCUAACAGAAUCAAAGGAUGCCUCAAUGUUAUUAUUGAUGAAAAUCAGAAUGCUUUUCUCCCGGGUCGACGAAUCAGUGAUAAUAUUCUUCUCACUCAGGAAUUGUUUCGAAAUUAUCAUCGUCAACGAGGGGCUUCUAGAUGCUUGUUUAAAGUUGAUAUCAAAAAGGCUUAUGAUAGCGUUAUUUUUUGGCUUAUGAGGCUUUUUGGCUUUCCUGAUCAGAUGGUUCGUUGGAUUGAGGAGUGUUUACUUCUCCGAGUUACUCUGUUAUUAUUAAAGGUGAGGUCCAUGGUUUUUUUAGAGGCGAAAAAGGGCUCAGACAAGGCGACCCGAUCUCGCCUUAUCUUUUCACUAUUGUUAUGCAGGUGCUUUCCUUUGUUUUAGAUAAAAGAAUUGCAGAGGCCGGAGGAUUUAAAUUUCAUCCAAAAUGUGAGAAAUUGGGUUUAACUCACUUAUGCUUUGCCGACGAUUUAUUUCUCUUCUCAGCAGGGGAUCCCUGGUCUGUUCAAAUCUUAAAGGAGGCAUUGGAUGAAUUUGGAGGAUUAUCAGGCCUGUGGCCAAAUUCUGAAAAGAGUAGCACAUUUUUUUGUAAUGUGCUUCCUGAUAGUAGAAUGCUGAUUAACAACAUUAUGAAGUUUAAUGUUGGCUCGCUCCCUGUGAAGUAUCUAGCUGUUCCUUUAGUUUCGACUCGGCUGUGGCAUAGAGAUUGUCAACCUCUCAUUAACCAAGUGAAAGAUAAGAUUCAAUCGUGGCAAAAUAAUUGGUUGUCUUUUGCUGGGAGACUUCAGCUUUCUCUUUCGGUUUUAUCGUCUAUGCAAGUCUACUGGUUUUCAGUUUUUCUUUUGCCGGUUUCAGUGACUAAAGCGAUUGAAAGAUUGAUUAGAAACUUUAUCCGGGGAGGAGUUGAGAUGGCUCAAGGGAAAGGAAAAGUUGCUUGGAAGGAUGUGUGUAAGCCUAAAGAUGAAGGUGGAUUGGUAAUUCGCUCGAUUCAAACUAGAAACAAAACUUUGACAGCGUUUCAUAUUUGGAGUAUCCUGACAAAUCGAGACUCCCUGUGGGUCAAAUGGAUCCACACUUAUAGGCUGGGCAGUAAAAAUUUUUGGCAGGUUAAAGUUCCAUGGGAUGCUUUAAUUAGUUGGCGUCGCAUUCUGGGCAUCAGGGAGGAGUUUCGGAUGUUUUUCCGAACUGAUAUAAGUAAUGGGAGGGAUGUCUCGCUUUGGUAUGAUAACUGGUUGCCUCUCGGUCCUCUGGCGUCUAGAUUGUCAUCUCGAGAUUUUCAUAAUAUGGGUUUGAGGAAAAUACAAAAAUUUCAGAGUUAUGUCACCAAGGACAGGUUCACUGGCCACCAGAUUUGCUUCUAAAAUGGCCAGAGCUAGAUGGCACUGUUCUUGUGCUCAAUGAUUCUGUUGAAGAUAAAAUUUUCUGGGUUUCUA